CGGGAAUUAAGUGUCACAGACUUAAAAGUACCAGAAGAAGAAAACGAAGAAGGAACGGGUCAGGUACUCGGAAGUGAUAUGAGAGAGCGGAUCCUCGCAGGCUAACCGGUGUUAGCAGAACUUUAAUAUGAGCAGCCGAGGAGUUGGAAAACCCAGGGAGCAGGAGAAGGAGGAGGAGGAGAACUUCUACGACUGUGAGGAGACUCUGGAACCUUCAGACCGAAGAGGAGCGAGGGAGGGGAAGGAAGAGACCCAACAAGGUGAAGGAGGGUCAGAGGACAUUCACACAGAAACGGACAGACUGACUGACAGAACAGAUGUCUCAGAUAGUGAGGAGGGAGGGGAGGAAGAGGAGCAGAGUGAAAGGCUGCAGGAGGAGGCAUCUGGCGACAGGCUGAAGAGUGACAAGUUGCAGGAGGAUGCACAGGGAGACAGGCUGCAGGGCGACAGGCAGCAGGAGGAGGCGGAGGGCUUGUUGGAGGACGAUUCAGACUCGGAGCUGAAGGAGGAGAAAAGCCAGGAGGUCGAGUUUGACGACGUCUACCUGAGGGAAGUGGAGAAGGACCUGACAGAGGAGGAAAAGGAGAGUCGACGGCAGCAAAGUUUAACUCUGAAGGAAAAAGGCAACAGCCAGUUCAAAGCUGGAAACUGGUCAGAGGCAGAGCUGAGCUACAAGGAGGCGUUGGUUUUAUGUCCAGUUUGUUUCAGCAAAGAGAGAGCUGUCCUGUUCUCCAACAGAGCUGCUGCAAGACUGCACCUGGAUCUGAAGGAUCAGGCAAUAUCAGACUGCACCAGAGCAAUAGAGCUAAAUCCUGACUAUGUACGGGCGUUGCUGAGGAGGGCAGAGCUUUAUGAGCAGACAGAUAAGCUCGACGAGGCGCUGGAAGACUACAAGAAGGUUCUUGAACUAGACCCCAACCAGGCCAGUGCAAGACAGGCCUGCAUGAGGUUACCUCCACAGAUUCAUGAAAGAAAUGAAAAGUUGAAGGAGGAGAUGAUGAGUAAAUUGAAGGACCUGGGGAACUUGGUCCUGAGACCUUUCGGACUUUCAACCAACAACUUCCAGGUAAACCAGGACACCAACACCGGCUCCUACUCCAUCAAUUUUGUCCAGAACCCAAACAACAACAACAGAUGACAUCACAGCCAGCACAGUGAUGACAUCGCAACCAGUACAUUUAGGAAGUCACAGCCUGUACAGUAACAUGUUGAUAAAUCUGUGUGUGUUCAGAGAAAAAUAAAAGCUGAUUGUCUCACGCUUC